ACACACACACACACACACAACCCUUCUUUUUGUAUCAAAGAGGUCCAUUCAUCAUCCAUGGCUGCUCAGCAUGAGAAUUGUUCAACAGUCUCUGUAUCAAAAAUUCUUUCUGUGUACCCAAAAGUUUUGCACCCUCCAAAACUUUUAAGUCUGUCCAAUUUGGAUAGACAGUGUCCAAUUCUCAUGUACUUGGUUUUCUUUUACAAACACUCUCAUGCUUUCAAAGAUUUAACAGAUCAUUCCAUCUUUAGUCCGUUGAAGACCGGGUUAGAAGAGACACUGUCCGUGUGGUAUCCAGCUGCAGGCAGGCUGAGCUCUAACCCGGACGAUGGCAAACUCAAUUUAUGGUGCAACAAUGGUGGUGCAGUUCUGGUUGAGGCAGUGACCCAUGUUAAGAUCUCGGAGCUUCGAGAUCUCUCACAGUACAAUGGCUUCUUUGAGAAUUUAGUUUACAAGCCUCUUGUUAAUGGGAAUAUCUCUGAGAUGCCUCUGGUUGUUGCUAAGGUGACAAAAUUUGGUUGUGGUGGCUACUCUCUGGGUGUUGGAACAAGCCACUCCUUAUUUGACGGACCAGCAGCCUAUAAUUUUCUAUGUGCAUGGGCUUCUCACUCUAAUACUACUAUGAAAGGAGUACUUGAAAGGCCUGAGCUGCCUACACCAGUUCAUGAAAGAGGAAGAUUGUUGUUGAUGGACAAUAAUCAAACUCCAAAAGGGACUCUCAAUUUACACAAGAACUCGGAUUCGGUGAUAAGAGUCAGGGCAAUAGAUCAUCUGUAUCAAUUGAUAAAACAAGCAGCUCCUCAUGAUGAUCAUGAUCAGAAUCAUGAUCAAGAUUGUGUUCUUAGAACCUUUCAUUUAAGUGGUGCAAUGAUUGAGAACUUGAAGAGGAAGGUGUUCACUGAGAAGAGAGGAACCUUUUCAUGUUCAUCUUUCAAGGUAGUUGCAGUUCACCUAUGGAAGGCAAGGACAAUGGCCUUAGGUUUCCCCAAAGAAAGAAUGGUGUGCUUGCAAUUCGCGGUGGACACGAGGACCAGAAUGGUGCCACCACUGCCAAAAGGUUUCAGUGGCAACGCAUACGUGCUAGCGUCUGUGGCCAUGACAGCAGGAGAGUUGGAAGAAGCAAGCUAUGAAGCCAUAGUUGAGAAGAUAGAGGAAGCCAAGAAUUCAGUGAACAAUGACUACAUCAAUGCAUAUGUUAAAGCACUUGAAGGAUCACCACAGGCCACACUUCCUCCAUUGAAGGAGCUAACCCUAGUUUCGGAUUGGACUAGGGUUCCAUUUCACAAGCUUGACUUCCUAGGUGAAGAAGCAGCCUAUGCAUCCCCACUAGUUACUCCACUCCCACAGGUUGUGUACUUCUUGCAGAACCCUAAUGAAUCUGAGGGCAUUGAUGUGAGAAUUGGUUUGUUCCCACAAACCCUAAGUGCUUUCUCACACUGCUUCCUCUUCAACUUGCAAUAAAAUCAUGUUUAUGUUUCGUUUGGAAAAAACUAUUAUGAAUUACUCAAUAUGAUCAUAAGAUUCAUGAGAGUUGUC